GCGCAUCGCGCUGUCACUGGUGCUCAGACAGCUGCAGCCAGCUCGCGGCAUGUGGAGCUGUGCUGGGGGGUGCGUCCGUUUGACCAGCAGCGACUUCAGCGAAGCUAGUCGACAGUCGGGUAUAAGCCUUCAGCUCGGUGACAGUAUUUUGGUUACGGCUCCCCUGGACAGCGAGGGAGAGAAUGAGAAUAGUGGAUUUAGUUUCUACUUGUAGGUACAGCGCAGCAGCAGAAGAAGAAGAAGAAGGGAAGUCACUUCAAAAGAUUUUGACAUGAAGAAGGACAUAGACACAUUGAUAGCAGAGGAACGCGCUGAAAUCAUCUCUAAAUAUGACAAGGGCAGGCAGGAGGGUGUCAACAUUGACCCAUGGGAGGAUGCUGACUACAGCAUCUAUAAGGUCACCGACCGCUUCGGCUUCCUGCACGAGGAAGAGCUGCCAACACCCAGUGCGCUUGAAGAGAAGCAAAAGCACCACGAGAUAGAGCGAGUGGAGAAAUGGCUGAAGAUGGUGAAGAAGUGGGACAAGUACAGAAACAGUGAUAAGUUGGCGAAGCGUGUGUAUAAAGGCAUCCCUCUGCAGCUGAGAGGCCAGGCCUGGGCCUUGCUUCUGGACAUAGAGAAAGUCAAAAAGGAGAACGACGGAAAAUACGAGAGAAUGAAGCAGCAGGCUCGUAACUUUUCCACAGAGAUCAAACAGAUUGACUUAGACAUCAACAGAACCUUCAGGAACCAUAUCAUGUUCAGGGACCGCUUCGGAGUCAUGCAGCAGGCGCUGUUUCACGUACUAGCAGCUUACUCAGUCUACAACACGGAGGUGAGCUACUGCCAGGGGAUGAGUCAGAUCGCUGCCAUCUUGCUCAUGUACCUGAAUGAGGAAGAUGCCUUCUGGGCUCUGUCCCAGCUCCUCAACAACAGCAAGCAUGCCAUGCACGGGUUUUUCAUCCCGGGAUUUCCCAAGCUGCAGCGUUUCCAGGCCCACCAUGAGCUGAUCCUCUCCAAAAUGCUGCCAAGGCUGAAGAAACACCUGGACAAGGAGCAGAUGACAACAGGGAUUUACACCACCAAAUGGUUUCUGCAGUGCUUCAUUGACAGAACCCCUUUUACCCUCACCCUGCGUCUAUGGGACAUCUACAUACUGGAGGGAGAGAAGAUGCUAACUGCUAUGGCUUAUACAACCCUCAAGUUACACAAGAAGCGCUUGCAGAAGCUCCCGUUAGAGGACCUGAGGGAGUUUCUCCAGGAGCAGACAGCUGUUUCUUUUUUCCUGCCUGAUGAUGUGGUGAUUGAACAGUUACUGGCUGCGAUGUCUGAGCUUCGUGGUAAAAAGCUGGACCAACCUCCCCCAGCCAAGUCAGAGGAGCUGCCAAAGAAACCUCUGGGUCAAGAGAGACCAGUUCUCAUUCUGCCUCUGCAGCCUGAAUCUCCUCUGGAGGUCAAAAUAAAUCUGCAGCCCAACAGUCAACCCAAUACAGAGGCCCAGCAGACAGUGGGAAUCGCCCUACAGCAGACCCCUUCUCCUGCAGACCUUCAGGACUCGAGAACACCCCCUCUGCCUUCACCUGACCCAGUUGUAGUCUGCACAGAAAGAACACCUUCUCCUUUAAUGCCGUGUAGAGCACCUCCGUUACCUCCAAAAGCAGACAAAUCAUUUGCUGCGGUCAGGUUGGAUGGAGAUGUGAGGGAAUUGCCUCCAGAGGUUACCCAGACCGACAAUGUGGGAAAACAGGAGAGCCAGCCUGAAGACCCAGAUACUGAGGACGAGCCUGUGGAUUGGCCUCCGCCCUAUGAGCCCCCUGCUUUGGAUGCUCUUGCCAUGCAGACUGAGGAGGAGAUCAUGGACCUUCCAGACCUGCCACCUCCACCUUUCUUUGACACUGAGCAGAAUGACCAAGGGCCUCAGGACAGUAAUUCACCCCGCCUGGGGGUUGGCCGGGACAUCCAGCGGCGCUCUCCUUCCCCCCGCUCAGCCUCACCACUGGUCCCACAAAUGAAGCUAUCUCCGAAACCAUGUCCAAAACCACCCACAUCACUUGACCUCACACAGAAAAAACCUCUUCCCUUAAAGCCUUCCUCUGCCCGUACCUUCACCAACACGUCCUCCUCCUCUCCCAGACUUCCUCCAAAGCCGACCAAGUUCCCAGUCUCUCUCUACGUCCCCGUGCCCGCGGGUGACCGACGACCAUCCAACACCUCCCAGUAUGACAACCUUUCCGAGGCCGAUGAAGACGACCGCUACCUGGAGAGGCUGCUGGGCUCCACGCCCGAGGAAAUUCCCCCACAUACCAUCAACAGAGACUAUGACCCUGCUCUCUUCCCUCUGCCGCCACCUCCUCUGUACAUCCCUCCUUCACCUUCUCUUACUCCCCCCUCGCUGUGCGCUCUCCCCAGUUUGCCUCAGGAGCCAGAAUACCAAGGAGAAGACAGCUGGGUGGAGGACUCCAUCAUCCCCCCUCCUCCAGCUAGUUUUGCUGACAGACCCAGUCCCUACCAGUGUAGCGCUGCCAGCCGUUCAGACACACACAGAGCCACCUCGCCCAGUUACUCUAAGCCGUUCUCUCGGGGCCCCAGGGACCAUUCUGCUUUUCCAGCACCACUGUUGUACACCGGGUCUCCCCCAGGCAACUCAAAGCCCUCAGGACAUUCAGCAGUAGGGGUUCCCAUGGUCCGAUCCAGCCCAGACUUUUGCAGGAUGCCUCCAGGUGGACAGCAACUGCCCAAAUCAGUGACCUUUUGAAGUUUCACACUGUCAUCGAAGCGUCACUGAUUAUGCCAAGACGAUUCGGACUCUCUGUCGAUGCUUGAUCAGUGUUCAAAGCCAUUUAAGAGGUGAAAGGCCAGUAGCUAUUCAGUGUGUCAAAGGUUUGUGUGUGAAUGUGUGUGAAAGGACUUUUUUCAUUGAUGUGUACAGAUUUAUGUGAUAUUUGCACCUUUUUUGUAAGGGCAGUUAACUUUUUUAAGUGUCAAACUUGUAUUUAAAACUGCUGUCUGUGUUACUGUUUGCUGCACAAAACGUGAGUGUUAACCCGCCUGCUCUUGUUCGUUUGCGAGACCCGAUUCGGUCUUCAGUUCAGUGGGUGGUAAAGGAGAAAUUUACACAGAAAUAAGGUGAUCUGAUACCAGCUGAGUGUUCCGCUGUUGCUUCAUCGCCAGUCAGUUCCAUUUUGUUCCAACAAAAGUGUCUUAACCUGAUCGCAGUGCACUGAGACAAGCAACUCUUAACACAAACGGCUUUCGAGGCUGCAGAGUGAUGUCAUCUUUGCUAAAGCACCCAAAGCCUAUACAUUUAUAGUGUAUUUAUGGUCAACUGUGAGCAGGCUCACACAUCUUAACAGUAUGUCAAACUGUAACGAGUAUCUAACAAUUUUUUUACUGGUCAAUACUUGAUAACAAAGGACCACUAAACCAGGUUGCGCCAAAGCAGUUUGCAUGCACACUUUUU